AUGGAUGAGCGUCACGGGAUCUCUUCUGUCAGCACCAUUCGCCGACCAUCCCCAUUGACUAGUUGCAUACCUAGCCAAGGAGAUUUGGCACAGAAUAUCUCAGUCUCUUCAAGUCGCUCUUUUGGUGCGUCUGCCUCCUCCAGACCAGCACCCCUCAGCGCCCCGGAUGCAAAUAUGCCCACCAUAUCUUCCAUUGCUUACAUUCCCCCAAGCCAUUUGCCCUCUGUUCCUUCAUCCGUCAUCCCCUCUCUUACUCCCAUAUUUGUCUCCGGAAUGUUGCCCGGACAUGCGAUAUCACAUCAGUCUGAGUCUAACGUGGGAGCAUUGUUACCCAGUUUGGUCGACUCGGUCAACGUUCCUGCGUCUUCUGGUGUACUGGGCGUCCUCAAUCCAUCUGGCUACACAUCAACUCCCAGCCUUGUUAGGCCGUUACCUCCUUCUGUAAUGCAGCGACCCGGUGCGUUCAGUCAAAUUCUUGCGCCGAAUACAAUCUCUCAUGGUUUUGUACCACCCACAGCCCCGUUCCUUCCUCAUGUUUUCAAUGGAACAGCCGCUCCCCCUGGUUCUACAUCUCUGGUGUCGAUUGCACCCCGUUUUCCUCCAAGACACGAGAACGUGGCGCCGCGUCCAUCGUUUCAUCUGAACACCGUAUCGUCCCUCCCUCAGAUUAGCACACAGAGCAAGGGUCAUGGGAAUGAGUCCCACCUUCACAUAUCACCAACAAGCGCAUUCAGUGAAACACCUCUCACUUCUGUUGUACCGCCCUCCUCUUCGGACUACCGAGUGGAUACCAAGGAUGCCCAUCAGCAGUGGGUUAGCAACUGGCUGUUUGGCUCCCCACUGGAUUGUCCAUCAGAUUCAAAUGGUUUACCAUGA